GAAAGUUAGAAUUAUAUUUGCGGACCAGACCUCCCUGCAAAUCUAGAGGUAGGCCCCACAUUAACUACGUAACUUCCUUUUUUUCCCAACCAUGGGGUUCUCGAGUCAGCCUCUUGUGAUUGAUGGUAGGGGCCAUCUAUUGGGUCGUUUAGCUGCUGUAGUUGCUAAGACACUUCUGAAUGGACAAAGAGUUGUAGUUGUAAGAUGUGAAGGCAUUAACAUCUCUGGAAAUUUUUAUAGAAACAAAUUGAAGUUUUUGAAAUACCUGAAGAAGCGCUGCAAUGUCAAUCCUGCCAGAGGUCCUUUCCACUUCCGUGCUCCUAGCAAGCAAUUCUGGAGAGUCAUUAGGGGAAUGUUGCCUCACAAAACAGCUCGUGGUAAGGAAGCCCUUGGACGUUUAAAGGUUUUUGAAGGAAUUCCUCCACCAUAUGACAAAAAGAAGCGCAUGGUUGUCCCCUCUGCGCUCAAAGUUCUCAGACUGAAUCCAAUUAGGAAGUUUUGUAACCUUGACAGACUUUCCCAUGAAGUGGGUUGGAAAUAUCAGGGCGUUGUUGCUACUCUUGAAGCCAAGAGAAAAGUCAAGUCCAAACACUUCUAUGAACGCAAGAAGCAUCUUUUGAAUCUUCGUGAGCAGGCAAAGAAAAAUGUUGCAAAGAAGAUUGAACGUCACCAGAAAGUACUUUCACAAUUGGGUUACUGAAGUUUUUAGUUACAAUAAAAUAUCUGAAUACAUG